UUUUCAGUUUAAUAUGCUUCAAAAAAAACCAGAGAUGAGCAUCCAUUUUCCUUCUUGGAGAAUUAUAUUUUGUGUUCUUCUUGUUUCACUGUUUGCCAAAGGCAGUGAUGGCAGGAAGAUUUAUGAUGGUUUUCAAGAAAGUUCAUCAAGAGAUAAUCAUAUAGCACUAAUCAAGAAUUCAAAUGAUCAUUCAUCUAUGCAUAUGGACCCUUCAUCUAAUGUUUUUUUCACUAUAAAUGAUCUAAAAAUUGGAAAAACAAUCCCAAUUUAUUUUCCAAGCAAAGAUCCUUCAAAUUCUCCUCAUUUACUCUCAAGAAAAGAAGCCAAUUCAAUCCCUUUUUCUUUCUCAAAACUCUCUUACCUCCUUCAACUUUUUUCCUUUACAAAAGAAUCCAAACAAGCCAAAGGCAUGGAGUACACUUUAAAACAAUGUGAAGCUAAGUCCAUUCAAGGAGAGACCAAAACUUGUGCUACUUCUUUAGAAUCCAUGCUUGAUUUUGUACAAACAAGCUUUGGAUUGAACACCAAAUUCAAAGUUUUAACUACUAAUUAUCUCAAAACCCCAGUUGGGAAAUUACAAAAUUAUACAAUUUUGGAAGAGCCUAGAGAGGUUAAGGGUAAAAAAUUCAUUGGCUGUCAUGUAAUGCCUUUUCCAUUUGUGGUGUAUUAUUGCCACACUAGAGAGGGUGGGAAUAUGGUUUUUGAGAUGUUAUUAGGUGAUGAAAAUGGUGGGGAUCAUAGAGUUGAAGCUGCAGGAAUGUGUCAUAUGGAUACUUCUCAAUGGGACAAGGAUCAUGUUGCAUUUCAUUUGCUUAAAAUUAGGCCUGGAUCUGCUCCUGUUUGUCAUUUCUUUCAAGCUGAUAGCUUAGUUUGGGUGCCUGUGUGAUCGGCCCGGUGCGACCGGGGCGUAGCCACCUUAAGCUUUAUAACUCUUUCUUAUGUAUUGAAAUAUUUUUGAUAUAUUUGAAAGAAUUUAUUAUAUAUAUUGUCUAUUUUUA